GGGAAGCGCAUCCUCAGAGAUCUGCAGGAAACAUGAUCAUCAGGGGAGCAUAAUUCUUCGGCUGCGGUCAGAUGAUUCGACAACUUCGUGGGUUUUGCGUUAUUCUCCAAAGGACAUAACAGCAAAGCCAUCUAGACGUCGGGUCCGUGCAGGAAAGUGACAAGCCGACAUCAUCAGCCCGCUGCGCCGUGUGAGGCGAGGUCACCGCAGAGUACCACGCUUUCCAGGUUAUUGAUGUCCCAGAGAGGAUGUGAGUAGGAAAAAGACUGAGGGUAGAAAACCCCGAUAAGUUCAUCCAGGAAAGGAACUGGGACCACAUGGCUGCUAUGGACUGAAGGGUCAGCUGAUACCAGAUCACACUGGCUUGCUUGGACGUUGACAAUGGUGUUGUUUCUGGUUGGGAUCUCUAUUGCUGUGAAUAAUUCAUCUCAUGAGAACCAAACUGCAGAAAAACCCACCCAUCAGGGUGCCCAUGUGCUGCCCUCGACACUGGUCAUAUCCCUGCUUCUCAUCAUUGUUGUCCUGCUGACAAUCUAUUGUCUGAGGUUCAAAAACCACAGGAAAGCUCUAGUUACCUCGGUGGAUAAAAAGAUUCCAAAUGGCUUCAUGGAGGAACAAGGAGAGCAGACAGUGGUCCUCCUCCCCAGAUCUCCCUCGCCAUCCAAGAGGUACUUCCCCAUCCCUGUGGACUCACUGGAGGAGGAGUACCGGAUACGCUCUGCAGACGACGGGAAGCUCUUCAGAGAAGAGUUCAAUUCGCUGCCAUGUUACUAUCACCACGGGUCCUUUGAGGAGGCGAGCCGAGAGCACAACAGAGAGAAAAACAGAUACCCAAACAUUUUACCAUAUGAUCAUUCAAGAGUGAUGUUAAGUCAUCUUGAUGGACAUCUGUGUUCAGACUACAUAAAUGCAUCCUACAUAGAUGGUUAUAAAGAGAAGAGCAAAUUCAUUGCAGCUCAAGGACCAAAGCUUGAGACUGUAGCUGACUUCUGGCGGAUGAUUUGGGAACAGAAAACGUCAACUAUAGUAAUGCUGACAAAUCUGAAGGAAAGGAAGGAGGACAAAUGUUUUCAGUAUUGGCCAGAAAAAGGCUGCUGGAUGUACGGAAAUGUCAGGGUGGCAAUGGAGGACUUCACGGUACUGGUGGACUACACCAUUAGAAAAUUUUGUGUUCAAUAUCAGGGCAGUGAUGGUCCCCGAGCUACCCGGCUGGUCACCCAGCUCCACUUCACCAGCUGGCCAGACUUCGGAGUGCCAUUCUCACCCAUCGGCAUGCUGAAAUUCCUCAAGAAGGUCAAGGCUGUCAAUCCAUCAUAUGCUGGACCCAUUGUUGUGCACUGCAGUGCCGGGGUGGGGAGGACUGGGACGUUCAUUGUCAUUGACAGCAUGAUCGACAUGAUGCACAUGGAACAGAGGGUGGAUGUCUUUGGCUUUGUGAGCAGAAUACGAGAACAGCGCUGUCAACUCAUCCAGACAGAUAUGCAGUACUCCUUCAUCUACCAGGCUCUGUUGGAGUACUAUCUGUAUGGAGACACGGAGCUAGAUGUGUGUUCUCUGGAGGGCCAUCUGCAGAGGCUUCACAACACCAGGGCUCCCCACGACAGGCUGGGCCUGGAGGAGGAGUUCAGGAAGCUGACCAACGUUCGCAUAAUGAAGGAGAACAUGAGAACUGGGAACCUUCCUGCCAACAUGAAGAAGAACCGUGUGCUUCAGAUCAUUCCGUAUGAUUUCAACCGAGUAAUACUCUCAGUGAAAAGAGGACAGGAGUUCACUGACUACAUCAAUGCCUCCUUUAUUGAUGGCUACAGGCAGAAGGACUAUUUUAUCGCAACCCAGGGCCCCCUGUCUCACACAGUGGAGGACUUCUGGAGGAUGGUGUGGGAGUGGAGGUGUCAUUCAAUCGUUAUGCUCACCGAACUCAAAGAGAGGGAGCAGGAAAAGUGUUUCCAGUAUUGGCCAUCAGAGGGCAGUGUAACAUUUGGAGAUUACACUGUGGAGCUAACUGGAGACACGCUGUGUGAAACCUUCACUCUCAAAGACAUGGUGCUAACUUACAGACCAGAAAAGCAGUCACAACAUGUCCGGCUCUUCCACUUCCACGGAUGGCCUGAGAUCGGAAUCCCAGCCGAGGGAAGAGGGAUGAUUGACAUUAUUGCCGCUGUGCAGAGGCAGCAGCAGCAGUCUGGAAACCGUCCCAUAAUUGUGCACUGCAGUGCUGGUGCGGGUCGGACCGGUACCUUCAUUGCCCUCAGUAACAUUCUGGAGAGGGUGAAAGCUGAAGGCCUCCUGGAUGUUUUUCAGACAGUCAAGAGUUUACGCAUGCAGAGACCACACAUGGUUCAGACUAUGGAGCAGUACGACUUCUGCUACAGAGUGGUUCAGGAUUUUGUUGACAUCUUCUCAGACUACGCCAAUUUUAAAUAAAGAAAAAUACUGUUCUGUAUAUGUCUGUCAAAUAACAUAUGCAUUUUUUUCCUGAAUGUUAUUUUCUAAAGCAACCUCUUUUUACAUUUUGCACUUACAGAUAGAAAAAAAUGUUGCAACAUACUGUAAUAUAAUUGAAAACAUCUGUGCUCCACGAGAGUCUGUCUUUUUCAGGAGUGCGUGAUUUUCGAGUAUUCCAAUGUAAAAUAUAGAAAUUAUAGUGGUUUACAUUAACGGCUGGUUGGGUUCUUGAUGUAAAAAAUAAAUAAAUAAAAGUAAGUCUUAAUUAAA